UAGUCACUGUACAUCAGACUGCUCCUGGGUGCCACACGAGAUGUUAUUUAGAUAUGUUUCCUCUUUUCCUCGACUCUUUCACCGUCAAUAUGGGUGUUUUCCAAGGAGAUUGGACAGCCUGCAUCGCCUGUGUUUAUGGAAUGACCCUUUUUGGAAGACUCCACAUUAUGGCCCACUAAUAGUGACAACAUCUUACAGCACAAGAAGAAUUAAGACUAAAAAGCAUAUUCAUAUUCACACUAAUAACCAGUUUUUCAGCAAAAUGGUAAAGGACUCGGUUACUAGUAGUGUUUGGCAGCCACAUAUGAGUAUAGCUGGCAGAGAAUUAAGCCCAAUGCUUUGUUCAAAAUAUAACAUUCACUGGAAAAGUAACUUAAAUGCUCAGAAAGAAGCCAAAAUUCCUUUGCCAAAAGAAAAGACAGUGUUAAGUAAAAUUGAUAAUGUUGUGACAGAUAAAGAAACUGACAGAGGUAAAUCUUCUGGCCCUAGUAGUGAUAUGUCUUCUACUGACACAAAUUUAGUCCCUUCCUCCAUACAGUCACCAGAAGAACCUGCAGAGAAGAUUAUUAAAAAAAACAUUGGAAGGGAAAACCUGCUAUCUCGAGUACAGCGUUACCUCUUCUUAAGAUACUCCUGGUAUCUGAAGAAGUUCCAAGAAUCUCUAGAAAAUGAAAUGCCAGACACUUUCAACAUGUUCCGUAUCUUUACAGUUGGCCUUAAAGACUUUAUUAUUGAUUUCAAAGACUUCAUCAUGGUUUUCGUACAAAUAAGUCUACCUGGCAGUACCCUACGCACACUGAGUCGUCGAGAGCUGGAAUUGUAUCACCAAAUGCCAGGAGAUAUGAUCAGGGUGUUCCCAAUACUCCUCUUAUCUUCAAUACCCUUUGGACAGAAUGUUGCUUUUCCUAUUGGAUACUGGUUUCCUCGCUACCUGUUGUGCCACCACUUUUGGGAUAUUCAGCAGCGGCAUGAUUUUGCUGUUUUAGCUCUAAAGAAAAGGCUAUUCAAUGCUCGUCCAGUCUUCAGAUCUCUACAGGCAGCUCUUUACACCAUCUCUGAUGAGCAGCAACAAGAAAAAUGCAAGACUGUGUUCUAUAAACUUGGCUCAGGCAUCCACCCAACUACUAAGGAAAUAAUCAGUCUUCUACCGCUGUUUCGAGGAGAUCCUUUUCACAUUAAUCGCAUGUGGUCAACCCACGUGAAUGGAUUGUUACGGCUUCAUGGGCGAUCAGUGUUGGGUAGACGUCGCCAUCGGCUGGAGGACCAAGCACGCAUCCUACACUCUAUGGAUGCUGCAAUAUCUAGGGAAGGGAUUGACUCAAUGAACCAUGAUCAGUUGAAAUCAUGUUUAUUUCUUCGAGGUUUAAACCCGACCAGUAUGAGCACAGCGGCCAUGAUAGAGUUCCUAGAAAGUUGGCUCAGUGUGUCUCGGGAAAUCGAUGCUUCAACUUAUUCUCUACUCCUUCACCUACCCAUCCUGCUGGCUUACAACCAACCUACUAAUAUUGUUUUGAUUUACUAAUGUCGGGGCUUUCAAAAAAAAUUCAUCUCAGGAGGUACGAUACUUUGUAAUAAUCUGGAAGUACUGUAUACUCUUAAAAAAUAAUGGGAGUCUGGAGGCAAAUAUCUCAAAAAUAAUGGGAGUCUGGAGGCAAAUAUCUCACUUUUCACUCAAUAUCAGUGAUAAGUUGGGUAGGGUAAAAGUAUUCACUAUUAUACUCAGUUUUGAAAGCCCUUUAAUUUACCAGAUCACAUUUACACUAUGAUUAAUAUUUUAUAUGUGAAGGUAUCAUUUAUUGUCAUAUACUCUGUAUAUUUGUCACUUUUUCAGUACUGAGCUGAUAGUGAUCAAAAUGUGUACUUAUAUCAGUAUGAUUAAUACAGUAGUGGUAAAACAUUUCAGAUUGAGGUUUUUCUGCUAUUCAAAGAUCAAUGUUUAUGUUUAGAAUUUAUAGUUUUAAAAGUUCUCAUGCAAUUAAUGUGCCAGUAAAUUUGACUGAUAUAGUUAAAGAACCAUAAUGUGAUAUGUGACAAUAGAAGAGGUGUUAGAAGAGUGCAGGAAGGAACUAACAAGUAUAUGUGGAGGAUUCAUACAAGUACUGUACUUACAGUACAGUACAUAGAAUGAGAACAGGAAAUAAAAAGGAGAUAAAUUAUUAUUAUACUAUAGAAAAAGCUGCCAACAGAAUCAAAAGGGUUUAGGUGGAUUAUAUAACAGAGAAAGUACUGGUAUGUAAAAGAUUACUGCUUCAACUAACUAAAUAAAAGUGGAUUAAAAUGAAGAAUGAAAGGCAAUUUGGAAGAACUGAUAUAGGUGGUGUGCACAUGAACAAGAAAUUUGAUCAGAAUCUGGGUAAAUACAUAUAUUAGUGUGAAGGGGACCACAUUGAAUCUACAUAGACUGAUGUAUAAAUUCAGUCUGAAAAGCAAUUUUACUGUUUGUGUGUAGAUGCAGAGUAUCAACAUACUGCUUCAACAUAAUUAAGUAUUUGAUAUAUUUGCCCUGAUAUAUAUUUUCAAAGAAUUUAAUGCUUUUCACUGGUCAAAGUGCUUAAUUUUUGUCCAUUACUUUAAUCAAUAGAUUUCAUACAAGGAAAAGAUGGAGGCAUGCCAUCUGGUGCAAAGGAGAAAACUUGUUGAUGUUUUGAGCAUUGCAGUAAUAGAAGUUGUGAUGACUCAUAAAAUCCACUUGUUUUCUUGUAUUUGUUAUAACUAGUCAUUAUAUCCUUCAUAGUGUGGAAGAGUCUGUGUACAAAGUUCUGUACAGUGAUUUAUUCCUCAUGACACAUACACUUUACUUAUAAUAGUACAGUACGGUACCAUAUAAACUUAUUAUUUAAACAUUUGAGUGAUUUUACAUGUGAUUUAAAGCAAAGUUGGUUGAAUAUCAUCCUCCUUCUUCUUGAAUAAUUAUAUUAUUACUCAUACAUACAAGCAUAAUAAAAAUUAAUAAUACAUCAAAGAUUUUAUUUUUUUAUUAUUAUAAAAAUAUUUUGGCCCCAAACAGUACUUGAUAUUAUUGAGCUGAUAAGGUACACAAAACGCAAAAUCCAAGGCCAGAUGCUCUGCUGUGUCACUUAUGUCAUCCCUUUUUAACCCUUUGGCUGCUGGAGGAUUCCCUAAUUUGGAUAAAAUUAUAAAGUGCAGCAAUCAUCACAAAAGGGUUUAACACCAAAGUUUUCAUCACAGCAUCACCAAAAUCUUAAACUUCAUGCAAAGAUGACUUGAGAUAUAAUUAGGGAGACUGCACAAACCUAUAGAGCGUACGCAGGUGGAGUGUUAUGAUGAACAGGUUGGUAGACCUUAGCCACGGUACAGUAUAAUACAUGUACCGUACUGUAUACAGUACUGUACUCGGUGCUCAGUGAUGUCUGUUGUGGCUGUAUCAGUGAUUAAGUAUUUCAUACUUAAUUAUUAAAUUAAAGAAAAAUUUGCUUUAGUUGGCCUCAAAAGAAAUAUUCAACAUUUGGUAACAUCAUUAGAUACAAUAUUAAGUGAGACAUUGUACAGAGCCUUCCAAUAAAAUUAUAUACACAGCCUCAAAGCAAAAAAUAAUUCCUUUUUUAAUACAUGUGUAAUGUUUAAGCAAACCUGAUGUGAAUUUGGCUGUGAUAACAUGCAUGACUUACCAAUUAUGUCUUUUACUAGAGCAAGAACAAGUAUUUUGUAAAGUUUUAACUUGAUGAUGAUUGUGUGCUGUAAUUUAUUAUUUUUUCGUUUUUUAGUUAGGACUUGUAGUGUCCUUCAGAUUUUGUUUGCCAACAAUAUCAAGCAGUAAAAUUACAUUAGCAGCCUGUCAUAUACUGUACAUACUGUACAUAAUCGGUGUCCACUGGCAGAAUGACAGUUCUUAAUGGACCAAUUCGCUAACCAUUGAGAAGUGAGUAAGUAAAACAAUGUGGCACAUAGGAGUGAAAAAUUUUAAUUUAUGCAAAAAUUUAUUUCACAUUAAAUUCUACCUCCCACGUGCCAAAUUUUUGUAACUUAUCAUUCAAUGGUCAGCGACUGCCAGUCAGUUGUCAUCAUUCCACUGAUGAAUACCCAUCUGUCUCUGUAUAGUACAGUAUGUGAUAUCAGGGAAGCAGCAUUGGAGACAAAAUAUUAUUCACUCAGUUAAUAUCUCGUGUUCUUUUUAAGGAAUUUACUCAUCUCUGAGCCAUGUCAUAAUUCAAUAAAAGCAAAAAAUAACAAA